UCAGGACGGUUUUUAGUUGCCAUUGCCACUUAUAUGUGACUUAUGUCAUUAGUGUCAAUGUUUUAUUUAUUUAUAUUAAUUAUUAAGAAAAUGUUUUGAUAUUAUCUUAAAUGACUACUUACGAUUAAUUAAAUUAGCAAAAAAAAUAAGUUUAAGAGAUCAUCAAUAUUUGACAAAAACAUGUUAUUAGACAAAGCGAAGCGAAUUGUUAUUGCAGUCAAGAACAAUCCAUUUUUAAGUCAUGUCCGUAACAAAGCAGCAUAUGAGGGUGAAGGGAAGACAACAGUGCGUGUCCUUAACCAGGACACAGAGCUGGGACUGAUGAUAGACUCGUAUGCUACUUAUGGCUUUAGAUUGAACAAUGGAAUAACUGUGCUCGGACCAAUGGCAAUAUUUCCCAGGACGGUACUGUCGUGGCAGGUGCGUGGCUCCCACGAGAUUACAGAGGAUUCACUGAGACUAUUCAAGCUGCUCGAACCUAAAAUUGAUCUGUUGAUACUGGGAGUGGAGACGAAGGAGCGCGAGUCGCUGAAUACAGUGUACCGCGCCGCUCGCGCCGCCGCCUGCAACGUGGAGCUGCUGCCCGUCGAGCACGCCUGCUCCACCUUCAACUUCCUCAACGCUGAGGGCAGGUCGGUGGCGGGCGCGCUGGUGCCGCCGUUGAGCAUCGACCCUUCGCCCGACGAUAUGCUGCGCUCCCGCCUCCACUACCAGAACCUCUACCAGCAGCAGCUCACGUAGCCGCCCACGAACGGACCACGAACAAUACGCUAUUUGUAUAUAAUACUUAGUUAUACUUGUUUUUAGGUAAUAAAUAAUUGUUAUAAUA